AUGGAGUCCCUCAAACGCACUACAGAGGGUGCCUCUCCACCUUUGCGACGGAGAUUAAACCUGCGACGACCUUGGUGUAUUGCAUUGUUGGUUGCCGCAGCUAUAGUGGUCAUCCUAGCGAUCGUCAUUCCCUGUGCGAUCAUCCUACCGAAGAAACAUUCGCACUCUGGAAAGGCCUCCAAAGUAUUGUACCCCAUUUAUAUCUAUCCUGAAACAAACAGUACUUGGGAUCCCUUGUACAAAGCUAUUUCGACACAUCCUGAACUUGAUUUUGUGAUUAUUGUGAAUCCUUCAAGUGGACCAGGCUCCUCGCCCCCAAGCACCCAAUACCAAGUUGCAGUGAAUCGAUUGAGUUCGUACUCCAACGUGCAAAAAGUCGGAUACAUCCCAACCGAAUAUGCGACCCGAAAUAUUUCUGCAGUGCUAGACGAUGUGGCGACCUAUGCCAACUGGACCUCGGAAUCGACUAGUCUCUCAAUGGACGGGAUCUUCUUUGAUGAAAUCCCUUAUGACUGGAACUCCACUAAAUCCGAGUACCUGAUCCGCAUCAAUGAGGCGGUUAAAAACUCGAGCGGUAUCCAGUCCCCACAUUUGGUCAUCCACAAUCCAGGCACAAUACCAGAUUCUCGAUACGAUCAAAAUACUACCGACAUUACCGUGGUGUUUGAACAAUCCUACGACUAUUACGAGACUCAAGUGAAUGCCUUGGAGGCAUUGGGUACUAAGAACCGAACCGCGUACUCGUAUAUGCUUCACUCGGUUCCCACAAUGAGCAAUUCCAGUUUGAAAAACUUUGUCGAUGACAUUAGCCACCGGGCCGAAUAUCUCUUCGCGACCACGCUAAACUCAAGCUACUAUGAGCAGUUUGAUUCUCAUCUGGAACAAUUCUGCGACGUGGUUCCAACGAGCUCGAAGCAACAGGGAUAA